GGCACUCACAAACUCAUAUUUUCACCAACUUACAAACAUACUCACACCUCUAUAGUGCAUUGUGCUUAUACAUUUCAAUAUGGAAGGCAGCCACAAUGACUCUAAUUCUAAGAGUGUCUGUGAGAAAAUCUUCUGUUGUUUUUCAGGUUCUACAGAAAAUGAUCACUCACAAAAUCUACCUGAAUCGAUACCAACUCACCUUUCAGAGAAGAGGAACAAGGCUGAGUUAGAGCCUCAAGCAAAAGCAGCCAAUGGGGAGAUGCUACAUUAUGCUGCUUCUGGCGUUGAACAACAUGCUCACAAACAAGGUAACAGAUCAGGUUCUGAUGUCAACAAGGCCUUUUCUGAUUACAUAAAUAAUGCCAGGAUUAAGAUCAGAGCUAUGUCAAGUGGUGGUGGUGAUGGUGGUGGUGAUGUGGAGAUUAUUUCCAAAGAAGAUGAAGUUUAUGGUUCAGAGAAGAAAGCUGAUGCUAAUGAUAUGUUUGCGGAUUAUAUCAAUCGUUCUAAGCUCAAGAUCAGGAAGACAUCAAGUAUUGGCAGCAGCAGAAGGAUGAUCUCUUUCAGAAAAUGAGCUUAAUUUAAUCAAAAUAUUGUUAUAUGGUUGUGAUCUUUAUGGUUUUAUGUUUUUAAAUAAUGGUGGUGUAAAGCCCUUUUCAUUAUGAUUCUGUUAUUUCUUUAGUUAUGCGAUUAAUUUGUUGUGGAACAAUUUGGUUCCUCCAAAAAAUUCCUCAAUAUGAUUUAUUCAGCCAUGUAAGUCUAUGUAAUAAUAUUUUCAAUUGAAGUAU